CUGCGUUUACGACAUCAGCGAGCGCCGAGUUCAACAUGGCGAGCGUUGUUUAGUUGUUGUUAUCCGCGCUUCCGAAUAAACCCACAAUCUCUGAAUCCGGCAGCCUCUCUCAUCUCCAGCCACCAUGAGCGAUGAGAAGCAAAUAAGGCUCGUAAUUUCCUUCAUGGGCUUUGAUGACCUGAGCGACAGCAGCAGCAGUGACUCGGACGGUCCUGAGUCCGGUAAGAAGAACCGAAGCGAAGCGGAACCCUCAGGAUCACAGGGCCGCAAACGAGCCGCCGAACCGCUGCCGAAACCCGACGAUCUUUUCCGAUCCGUCAGCAAACCCGCAUUCCUCUAUAACCCGCUGAAUAAAGUCAUCGACUGGGACAGAAGAGCCGUCAAAGCGCCAGAAGAGCCUCCUAAGCAGUUUAAGUUGUGGAAGAACAACGCCGUUCCUCCGCCACAGACGUACGUGACGGAGGAGAAGAAGAAAGGAGCUCCUGAUGGAAUGGACAUGGCCAUCAAAUGGUCCAAUGUAUACGAGGACAACGGAGACGACGCCCCUCAAGCCCACCGGGGCCCCGCCCACUUCCUGCCGGAGGAGGAGGAGCAGCAACAGCAGCCGGACUCUGAUGACGAUGCGUCUGGGAAGCAGCAGACGUCUUCUAAAAGGCGUCGCGUGGAAACGUUCCAGCAGAAGGAGAAGAGGAAGCGGGACAUCGGUCAGGCCACGUCAGAUAAGAACUUUGUGGAAGAGGAGAAGCGAAUCCUGCGUCAGAGUUUGGACUGAGGAGCGCUCCGUUUGUUCUAAUCCCCGAGUCUUUAACCGUCCUCCGAGGUUGUUUUAAAUUUGGUUACUCCCAACUCUCGUCCAUGUAACAGGGGAUAGGGUUUAGUAAGAUGUGUUUGUGUUUUCGGACGUAAUAUGAUUUCAACUGUAAAGGUGUAGCUGUAAGAAGCAUUAUUGGUGUAUGUAUGUUUCCAAUGAUUUCUAGCUUCUCAAAUGGAUAAAGUCCUUUUCUCUGA